GCACUGAGCAGCAUUUUCUGCAGCAUUCCGCAGAUUUGAAAGUUGACCAUUGGCAUGGGUGCUUUAAUACUACCUAAUAGUGACACUGAUAGGUAUCAAAAUCUGAUGCCUUGCUGCCAGUCACUAACGUGCAGGAGCCGGUUUUUGCCACAAAAGACCUGGCCAAGCACAGAACUAGCCACUGCUGGCGUGCACGCGACAGUAUUGCAUCACCAAAGUGUGAGCGGCUUGAGGCACAGCCGACGAACGAAGCGUUUGUGUGCAAUAAGAAAAUUUGGGCGACAUUCUCAGGUGCUUGGCAAAGCUGGCCAGCUUGGUCGAUGCACGCGCAUUUUGGCGCACAAAGAGGCUGACGGUGGCAAGAUGUUGGACAACGUGUCGGAAAACAUGGGAAUGGAUGCUGAAAGUCAGCAGGAGGUGCUAGUGCCUCCCAGCAGCGCUGAGACCGCAGAAAUAAGGCCUACAAAAGAACGGCGAAGCUCGGUUGAUGAGUGUGUCUUUGUACCGGUUCUGGGGGCUGAAGCGGAGGCGCCUUCUAGCAGUGGCAGAGAGGGGCGUUGGCCGCUCCAAUUGCCCUGGAAUCUGGAGGCAACAAAAGGAGGGGUUGCGGGCCUUGCAUUGGGGCAGUUCCUGUCGCUGCUCGUCACUGCCACCGGCCUGACAUCAGCGGUGCUCGCUCAGAAAGGUGUAAAUAUCCCCACCACGCAAGGCUGGCUCAACUACCUCCUGCUUACAAUUGUAUACGGGGGUCUGAUGCUCAAGAGGAAGAAGCGGCCCCAGGUCCCUUGGUACGUCUACGCUCUCCUCGCGCUCAUCGACGUGGAGGCCAAUUUCCUCGUAGUCCGCGCAUACCAGUACACGAGCAUCACCAGCGUGAUGCUCCUCGACUGCUUUACCAUCCCGUGCGUGCUGCUGCUCACGCGCCUAGUUCUCAAAACGCGCUACGCAGCGCGCCACUUCGCGGGCGUUGCGCUCUGCCUCAGCGGCCUCGUGCUGCUCGUGCUCUCGGACGUCCAUUCUGCGGACCGUGGAGGCGGCAAGGCGGUGCUUGUGGGCGACCUCCUAGUCCUGGCCGCAGCCACGCUGUACGCCGGGAGCAACGUCGGCGACGAGGCGCUGGUGAAACAAGUCGACCGUACGGAACUUCUGGCGAUGGUGGGCGCGUACGGCCUCGCCUGGAACACGCUGCAGCUGCUGUUACUAGAGCGGCGAGAACUGGCGCUCGUGCGCUGGUCCUGGGGGACCGCGCUGCCGUUCGGUGGCUUCUCGGUCGCGCUGUUCGCGUUCUACUCGCUCGUGCCCUUCAUGCUGCAGAUGAGUGGCUCCGCGCUCUUCAACCUGUCGCUGCUGACCUCAGACAUGUGGGCCGUCGCUGUGCGCGCCCUCGUCUUCAGACAGCCGGUGGAUUGGCUGUACUUUGUUGCAUUCUUCGCCGUCAGCAUAGGCCUCGUCCUGUAUACCCGUGGGGAAGACGAGGAAAAAGAAACGGGUCAGCCGGUCUCGUCAAAAUACCUGCGGUUAGACACAAGUCGAGAGUCCAAGUGUAGCUCCCUAGGAGAGUCGCCAGGUGGUGCAAAAUUCAAUCACAGCCUUGACGGAUUUGAUGGUGUCACUGACCGGGAAGGGAAUCCAACAGAGAAGAACACUCGCCGCUUCGAAUGCGAACAAAGUAGGCCUUCUGAUAUGCAUAUGGAGAAUGAACAAGAGAUUAUUUGAGUCGCUUUGAGAGCAAAAGCUACAGUCUUAGGAGUUGGAGGUUGAUUGAGUCGAUGUCUGCUUGGGCAGCGCCUAACAUACCGGUAAAUCAUGUGUGCCCUAACAGCUGUGUGCCCCAACAUUAGUAGACCCCGAGCCACCAAACAAAAAAUCUCAACCCAAGAACUAUACGUACGCUCCUCACCCCAACCCACCCUAACCACCAGGCCGACCGCACCCGUCCCCGGGGCGCCUAUCUUAAGGGACAUUGCGGUUAGGGCACACAAGAGUUAUAAAAAUGCGCCUCCUUAUUCAAGAGUACGCGUUACUAACUGUUGUGCAAUGAUGCAACAAAGGCGACAUAAACAGACUCGAAGAAGCCGGGUGCAUGGCAGAGCACAUUGACAAAGCGAGGGCCAAGGAAGGAGGAUUUUGACAGCGCAACAGCUGAAAAGUAGCACACUAGUGCAUAGAUAAGCAUUUUGUGGCAUCGAAUUGACGUGGGCCCGCCUGAUUGAUUGACUUGAUCUUCUUAUUUUUCGGGCUCCAGCCAAAGCUUCGCUGAAAGAGACAUUGCGUUGGAAGUGUAUAGCCGACAUAAUAGACCUGCCG